AUGAGAAAAAAGAGCUCCAUAGCGAGAUCUAAACCAUCAAGACAAUCACCCUUAGCAUCCAAGGGAAAUUCUACCUACAGCGCCAUCAACAACACAUCAGAUGACUCUAAAAACUCACAGCCAUACACCAGAGGAACAAGUCCGUUAACAGCAGUUAUAUCAGAAUCAGACUUUGCAAGUAAUAACAAAAGGCAAGAUCUACACUGUGACCAAAAUUCUUCAAACCAAGAUUUAAUACCUACACCGACCUCAUUAUCAUCCAAAAGUUCAUAUGAUUCAAAUAAUAUAAUACCCAGAGACUUACACCCCCAAAACAAUGAAAACUUACAUACAAUACAACAAAAACAAUCAAAUAAUCAUAAUCAAGAGGAAAUAGAUAAUGAAGAUGAGCUUGAAAUUGAAUCAUUAACAAGAUAUAACAUACCUCCACAAUUAUUAGAGAAGUUAACAACUUUCCCGUUGUUUAGAAAUGCACCAAGAACCUUCCAUAAAGCUAUAGCAGGAAGACUAAAAUUAGUUCAACAUCAUCCUCAAGAAUAUAUCGUUAAAUUUGGUGAACCAGCUAAAUCAAUGUAUUUAAUUUUGAGAGGUUCAGUUGCUGUUACUUCUCCAGAUGGUGAAGCUGUUCAUGCUGAAUUGGUUUCGGGUCAAUUCUUUGGUGAAAUUGGUAUCUUAUUCAAUAGACCUAGAACCGCAACAGUUAUUGCUAAAACUAAAGUACUUUUAGGUGUUCUUACUGCUGAUAAUUUCAAUUCUGUAUUGCCAGAUUUUCCUAUAGUGGAAAGAAUGAUCAGAGAUGAAGCACAAGAGAGAUUAAGCAUGCAAGAUAAAAGAUUUAGAAAUGGGGUUACAAACAUCAAUUUCAAAUCUAAUAGUUUGACAUCUUCAAUAAGCAAUGCUAGUGGCAGGGUUCUGAUUAAUGAGAACGAUCAAAACAAUACAAGAUCGAGUGUUAUUGCUACAGCAAAUGCUUCAAUCCCAGGCCCUUCAAUACCUCCUCAUACUAAAUCGGAACCUUCUGCUUUAGCGCAAAUCCCAUCGUCAUUACUAGAUAAUGUUUCACAAAAUUUAAGAAAAUCUUCCAUGGUAAUUAAUAAUCAAACAAGAAAAAGUCUACCAAAAAUCCAUGAUAAUGUUGAUAAUUCUAUUCCAACAAGAGAUUUCCUUAGAAGUUUACCAAUGUUUACAUUAUUGCCUUCAAAUAUUAUUCAUGAAUUAGUUCUAGGGGUUGAGCCGCAAAGAUUUGAACCGUUUGAAACCAUUGUUAAAAAAGGUGAACAAGCUCGUGAUAUUUAUUUCAUCGUUAAUGGUGAAGUUGAAGUUUUAAGUCCUAAAAGAAUUUCAUUAGCUUCUUCAAAAGGUGAUCAAGAUAAAAAAGUUGAUCGUGUCUUAGCAAGAUUAGGAACUGGUCAAUAUUUUGGUGAAAUGGCUUUUUUGCAGUCAAUAACUCCAAGUGAUGAUGAUUUGAGUCCUGAACAAUUAAAAUCCGAGAGAACUGCAGAUAUUAGAUCUGUGUCUACAGUCGAUGUUUUAAUUGUUAGUGGUGACCAAUUAGAAAAUCUUUACUCAAGAUACCCUAGAAUUUGCGAUGAGAUGAGAGAUACUGCUAAAAAGAGAAAUGAUAGAAAUCAAAUAACGUCAGAUCAUGAUUCUGCAAAAAGUUUUAAACCUGAGAAUGAUUGGAAUUUAUUGAAAGAUUCACCUUUUAGCAAGUGGAAGGGAUUUGCUUCAACUAAUACAGAUCGCAAGGCAUCAACUGAAUUACAUGAACCAGUUCCAAAACGAAGAAGAAGUAAUUCUUACGUUCAAUCAUCAAAUUCAUUAUUAACCUUUGACGUGUCACCAUCGGCAUCGCCUUCACCACCAUCAAAAAGAACCAAAAAUAUUGCAAUUACUUCAGAUCCUAUAUUUAAACAACCAAAAUUCACUGAACCAGAUAUUCCAAAAAGAGCUAAGUCUCCUUUACAAGAUCAAUCACCAUCUUCAUCAUCAUCACAACCAUCAUCAUCAAUGACAGCAUUAUUAGACUCUGCAUUACAAUCAUCGUUUUCCACUGGGCCAUCAUCAACGUUUUCAAAACCUUCAAUGUUCAAUGAUAAGUUUGAGUUUCAAAGAAGAAAAUCAAUAGCAACAAUUUCACAAACAGUUGAUCCGUUAAAAGAUUCUUCAUCCUCUUCGCCUUUGACAUUAUCAGUUCCACCACUUAACCCAGUAUUACCAUCAAUUAACCAAUUCCCUUCAAGUCAAAAAUCUUCACAACCAUUCCAGUAUAUGAAUCAUGCUAAAAGAGUUAGAUUACAAAAUAUUGGAGGAAGACGUCGCUCAAGUGUUUUAAGUACAGGGCCAUUACCUGAUAGAAUCUUGUUGAAUAUUUUCAAAUUGUUACCACUACCUGAUUUAAUGAAAUUAAGAAUUAUUUGCAGAAGAUGGAGACAAUUGUUAUAUGUUGCACCAGGAUUUUUCGAAACUUUAGAUUUGAAACCAUAUAAUAUAUCAAUUGAUGACAAAGCAUUGAUUCAAAUUAUUGACUUUGUUGGUUCAAGACCAAGAAUAAUUGAUAUUUCAGAUUGUUUCCAUAUAACUGAUGUUGGUUUUUGUUAUAUGGUUAAUGAAAUUGGUAUGAGUGGCUUCAUUCAAACAAUUAAAAUGAGAUCCGUUUGGGAAGUUAGUGCUAUGGCAAUAAUGGAUGUUGCAGUUCCAAGUAUUGGACAUCAUAUAAUUGAAUUAGAUUUAUCAAAUUGUCGUAAAGUUAGAGAUGAUGUUGUUGAAAGACUUAUUGGAUGGAAGAAUAAACCUGGUGUGAGUGCUAGCCAGCAACAACAAUCUGUAUCAAAUGGCUAUGCAUUAGAAGGUCCCGUUCCGGGGAUGGAAGAAUUUGAUAAUCAUGAAGCAAGUAUUGGAUGUGCUAAUUUGAAAAUAUUAAACCUGGGUUACUGUAAACAUUUAACUGAUAGAUCAAUGUAUCAUAUUGCACUACAUGCCAAUGAUAGAAUUGAAUCGUUAGAUUUAACAAGAUGUACAACAAUCACAGAUGCAGGAUUUGCAUACUGGGCUUAUCAACCAUUCCCAAAUUUAAGAAAGUUGAAAUUGAGUGAUUGUACAUUUUUAAGUGAUAAAUCAAUAAUUGCAAUUACAAGUUCUGCACAAGGCUUACACUCAUUAGAUUUAUCAUUUUGUUGUGCACUAACAGAUGUUUCAGUGGAGGUUUUAUGUUUAGGAUGUCCUGGAUUAAAACAUUUAGAUCUUUCAUUUUGUGGAUCUGCAAUUAGUGAUUCAUCAUUAUUAGCCAUAUCAUUACAUUUAAGACAGUUAGAGUCCUUAGUUAUUAAAGGAUGUGUUAGAGUUACAAGAGCUGGUGUUGAUGCAUUGUUAUCAAGUUCCUUACCAUUAAGGUAUUUGGAUAUUUCACAAUGUCGUAAUGCUCAUUAUUAUGGUGGUCAAAUCCCAGCCCCAAAGAUUAAUCCAAAUCCAAAUUCAAAAUCUGCUUAUGUUACCACAAGUUAUGAUCGUGUUGUGGAAAUUGUUAUUUGA